AUGCCGAGCCCGUGGGUGCUGGUGCUGGCGGUGCUGGGGGGGGCCUGCGCCCUCCCCGCCCCGGCGCCCCUCUCCUACACCGAGGCGCUGGCGCAGGCCGUGGAUUCCUACAACCGGCAGCCCGAGGUGCAGAACGCCUUCAGGCUGCUCAGCGCGGAGCCCGAGCCCGGCCCGGGCGUGGAGCUGAGCUCUCUGCGGAGAUUCAACUUCAGCAUGAUGGAGACGGAGUGCGCCGCCAGCGCCCGCACCAACACCGACGACUGCGACUUCAAGGAGAAUGGGGCCAUCAAGGAGUGCUCGGGGCCGGUGCAGUUCCGGCAGGACUCGCCCGAGAUCGACCUGAGCUGCUUCGACGCCUCCUCCGACCCGGUUCUGAUCCAGCGCGGCCGCUUCGGGCGCUUCCUGAGGAAGGUUCGGCGCUUCCGACCCCGGAUCAAGUAUGAACUCCACCUGAAGGGCUCCGUGGGGCUGGGCUGAGCAAUAAUAAAGGAGCCACCGGG